UAUCAAACGUCCCGUAAUAGUAUAGUCGUUUUAUCCAACGGAGCUAAAGCAUUUAUAAAUGGAUUCUUAAGGGCAGGAGAGAGAUUAAAGAGUAAGAGCCUAUAAUAUAUACUCCAACAGGUGUUUGGCGGCGAAAACAUUAAAAAGGUGAAAAAUAAAGAUAAAGAGGAAAAGAGAUUGAUCGAGAUCGAGUUCGAAAUCGAGAUGAUACCGGUGGCAAUCAUGGCGGAGUUGUUGGAGGAAUACACGGUGCUGUUAGCGAGGGUGCUGGAGCAUAUGUUCCAGCAAGCUCCUUUGCCCUUUCCUAGGCGGGUCCGCUUCCUCAUUCUUCGAAGUCUUCCUUUUGCCUCCUCUUCCACUUCCAAUCCUCACCUAUAUCUUACCACUCUGUCAUUCAUUUAGAGCUUGAUUCUACUUCUUCUUUUUCUCUUCUACUAAGUAGAGUAAUAUACAUAUAUAUACGCCCGCGUGCGUGUGUAAUUUUUAGCUUUGUGGUUGUAAAAUUGUAUAUAUGCCUACUUGUUCUAUAUUGUUAUGGAGUACUGUAUUUGGCCAAGUGCUAUAUUAAGCGAUAACCUGCAGUGUGCAGUAUAUGCUCUGAA